CAACACGGAAUAUGGCGGCCAGCUCGGAUCGGAAUCCCCCUCCUUUCCCCGCUUCAGAGGAACCAGAAACCGGUCUUUGUGACAUGGCAGAUGGAGACAGCGAUGAAGGAGAGGAUAUCUUUGUCAACAACAGUACCCCUGUGGCUGUGAGUCGAGGGGUUUCUCAGCCUGAUCAGGUCAGUGAGGAGCCCCCAGACCUGUUCAGUGAGGAAGAGGCCAUUAGCACAGCUCCCACCCUGAGCACCACUGCCAAGUCUAAUGGAGUUCACUCAGAUGAUGAGAACGACCUGUUUGCAGAGGCACAUGUGGAGCUCAGUGCAGAUGAGUGCGGCAGCUCUGCCCACAAAGACCCAUCCUCCUCCGGUCCUCGUCCCACCUCCUCCUUCACCCAGAGCCCUGCAGCCCGCCAGCCCACCUCCUUGGAGCAGCUGGAGGAGGAAGAGGCCAAGGACAGUUUUGAUGUGGAUGUCUCUGUCACCAGCCCUGAAAAAAUUGGUGAUGGGAUGAAUGCAUAUGUGGCCUACAAAGUGUCUACCAGGACGUCCUUGAACAUGUUCAGGAGUAAAACCUUCUUUGUCAGGAGGCGUUUCAGUGACUUCCUGGGUCUCUAUGAGAAGCUCUCGGUCAAACAGUCACUGCAUGGCUGCAUUGUUCCUCCACCACCAGAGAAAAGUGUUGUAGGAAUGACCAAAGUGAAGGUAGGAAUGGAUGACCCGUCCUCAGUAGAAUUUGUGGAAAGAAGAAGAGCAGCUCUGGAGAGGUAUCUUCAAAGGGUCGUGUCUCAUCCAUCGUUACUGCAAGAUCCCGACGUCCGUGAGUUCUUGGAGAGAGAAGAUCUUCCCAGAGCAGUGAACACCCAGGCCCUGAGUGGAGCCGGCUUCCUCAAAAUGAUCAACAAGGCUUCAGACGCUGUCAACAAGAUGACCAUCAAGAUGAACGAGUCGGACACUUGGUUUGAGGACAAGUUCCAGGAGGUGGAGAAUGAGGAACAGCAGCUUAGGAAACUCCAUGCUGUGGUGGACUCCCUGGUCAAUCACAGGAAGGAGCUUUGUAUGAACACGGCAGUAUUUGCCAAAAGUAUGGCGAUGCUGGGCAACUCAGAGGAUAACACGGCUCUGUCGCGGGCCCUGUCCCAGCUGGCCGAGGUGGAGGACAAGAUGGAGCAGCUGCAUCAGGAGCAGGCGGCCAGCGACUUCUUCAUCUUUGCAGAGCUGCUGGCUGAUUACAUCCGGAUGCUGGGCGCUGUGCGGGGCUGCUUCGACCAGCGUAUGCGGGCGUGGCAGCGGUGGCAGGAGGCUCAGAGCACGCUGCAGAAGAAGAGAGAAGCCGAGGCCAAGCUGCUGUGGGCCAACAAGCCCGACAAACUGCAGCAAGCCAAAGAGGAGAUCACAGAGUGGGAGGCCAGAGUCACCCAGUACGAGAGAGACUUCGAUAGGAUUGGCAUGACUGUACGCAAGGAGGUUCUCAGGUUUGAGAAAGAAAAAGCCAAGGACUUCAAGAGCCAGAUAAUCAAAUAUUUGGAGUCGAUGCUACAGUCUGAACAACGGCUUAUAAAGUUUUGGGAGGCAUUCCUACCUGAGGCAAAGGCAAUAGCUUAAUGAAGAGGGAGACUUCGUUUUAAGACCUGAACUGCCUUUUUUUGAACACUUUACCUCUUGACCUGGAACUGAGAGGACAAUUUUGAAACACAACAAACUUCCAUCCAUUUUUGCUUCAGUCUUUUUAAUCAUAGUGUAUUCUUUUAUCUUGUACUUUGCUCUUUGAUAUAAUAAGCUGCCCCAUUUCAGCUUUAUUUCUUUGGCAAAAUUCCUUGUUUAUGUGACUUCAAAAUGUUAUAAAACAGGAAUCUGGCAGAGAUUAACCUGACUGUAGUAUUUGUAAACCCUGCUGUCUGUUAGUGGGAGAUAUAUUUAUGUUGCUUUGCUUAAAAUAGUAUAAUAAAGUGUUAACACUGAGGUACUGCCCUAGAUUAACAUUGUCUAUAGUUUACAUUAGAAGUAUGUAAGUCAUUCCAAACUCUAACGGCUUCUGUUGAUGGAUGCAUGUAGGAUAAUGUUUUCAUGCACUAAAAUGCAUUGUACAGUUGAAUAAGCAGGUUUUUAAAUGAAGUACCACUAUUGAUGGCUGAGGUCAUUUACCAGGAGUAUUAGCACAUUGUUACUGUAUACUAAACAAUCCAUACUAUAUAAGUCUUACUGAAACAAAAAGUAUUCAAGGUGACAGAACUUACAAAAUAAAGUGAAGUUACAGUGAGAGCAAACUCUAACAAUGCACUCACUGGUAUUUUCUAUGACGAUUUACUUGUUAUGAACAUCUUUAUGAUAACGAUCCAUUUCUUUCAUAACAGUCUUAAGUACUUUUUGUAUUUGAGACAGAUGCUAUCAGCCAUGACUUAAUCUCUCAUGUUAAGGCCCAGAGGAAUUCCUUUGGAAGUGCUGCAGAUUGUUUACUGUCCAUGUAAAUGACUCCUGACUUGUAUGUACACAUGUACAGUACUUGAACUGAACCAUGCAACUACUGUUAAGUAUUAUUGGUAAUCAUCCAAGUUUGUCAUUUCAGUUUAGCCAUGACAGAAGGUCAGACAUUGAAGUAAUACUGCCCCUGAUUUUUCUUAUUCGACAUUUGUAAGAGUAGUUUUUCUGUCAUGUCAUAUUUCCGUAAGAAUGUGCUUUAUUUUUGUAACCACUUUGCAUUGGCACACACGUUUCCCUGGAAGUGCUAUACAGGUAGAUGUACAAAAUAAAUAUGAUUGGUUAAACUUUGUGA